CAAAAUCAACCAAAACAAAGCCACGUGCUAACAUAAACCGCGUCUGCAAAAGCAACAGUCAAAGGACAUAUAUACGGCGAGUUGGCUCUCCGAAAGCGCAGUUGUGAACAAGGCGAAAAACCAGAGAAAAGCCAUGUGGCGAAUUCGUGAGAAGAACAGAAUCUGAGGAGCAUGAACAACAGUUACGAUAAUAUACCGGUUAGUACUGUUCGGAUAAUGGAUAUUAAAGGACGUGCCAAAUAGUGUGCUCGCUCAAAUAACGAAAUAAGAAUAAAGGGUCCAUGAAAACUUUUACAAUUUAACUGUUUAUUGAACUCACAAAUUCAACUGCAAAUAAGAAAUAAUGAAAGAAACUAAAAAAUGCAUGUAGUUGGAGUUCUUAUUGGAACAGAAUCAAAGUAAAUGUCAAAAAAAGAGCAAAGCAAAUAUUAAAUCAUACAACAACGAAAAUGUGUCUGUAUUUGGGUGCUAUGGAUCAUUUAAUAGACAUUGCAGCUUGUUGUGUCUGUCGGAUUGUUGAAAUAUCCUUUGUGGUGUUUGUAAUGAUGUGUGGUGCCAAAACGAAGUUCCUGUCUACGGUCUACGGUGGGAUAAGCGGAGGAAAUAUUUGCAGAUGUUGCUCCACGGCGGAUACGUAACAAUGUUGAAAUGGAAUUUCUUCAAUAGAGCAGCAUUUUAUUAUUGGGAAAGUGAAUUAAGGCAGACUCAAAAAACAAACAAAAAUCAAAAACAAAAAUUCUUUACAAACAAUUAAACUGAAAAUGGAAAAAGAACUUAGAUUAACAUAUAAACUUGUCUCAUUUUUUAUGAAAUACGGUAAAUGCAAUAAAUAA